AUGAUCGCUAGUCGGAGCAAAGUGGAGAUUCUUAUAUCUAGGAAGACCCGCUCUCAGACUCCUGAUCUUAUUCGCUUGGCUCCGAACGACAACGUUGCCAAACUCGUACAGAACAUUAAAAGUAUAAUGGCGGACAGGGUGUGCAGAGAGAGAGUUAUCACCGUGCACAAGGAUGCAAACGAGACGCUAGGCAUGAGCGUAGCAGGUGGUGUGGGGGCACAGAGGGGCAAUACCCCCAUCUACAUCUCUAACAUCUACCACAAAGGCUGUCUCGGCAGGACGGGACAUAUACAGAAGGGAGACGUGCUGCUCAGUAUAAACAGCACAAACCUAGUCGGUCUCACCCAUGCCGAAGCUGUCACUGUGCUGAAGGCGUCUGCAGAGUCCAAGGUCAUCAGUCUGAAGAUCAUUGAGGGUUCGGAGACGACCGACGGGAUGAAGAACUUUGUGCCCUCGUGGACGUUUUGGCUCUCGCUGCCAAAGUGUGGGGAUCAGCUGCUAUCUGUGAACGGGAACAGUCUUCAAAAUCUGACCCACUAUGAAGCUGUGCAGAUUCUUAAAGACGUACGCAACUCUGCGACUCUUGUAGUCAUCUCCUGGCCUGGAUCCCUUCACUGA